AUGUCUUUUCUGCGCCGCCUAACGUCAGCUCCGGCUGCCAGUCGCGACGACCGAGCCAAACGCAAGGAAAUGGAGCGUAAAGAGCUACUAGAGAUGAUCCUCGAGUCCAUCGCCAGCGUACCAAAGGCUGUAGAGCGGAUCCACACGAACGAAAAGCUCCGACAGGCGUUACACCAGGAAAUGGGCGAGGAGAACUCGCUUUUGCAUCGAUUCUUCGACGCUAGACAGCAACAGAACAAUGUUCCGCUGUCUGCACACCCGGCGACACCCCUUGGGGUCUACGACAACUAUGAACAAAGUCAAGAGGGCGAUAAGGACGAUGAAAGUGACGAAAGUGACGAAAGUAGCAGUGACUAUGGAUCAGAAUACGAGAACGACCUUGCUGAAGCUGUGAACCAGCUUUGCAUGACGGACGAGACGUUGACAGCAAUGGACGACAUGGUAUCCGACCCAAUUGGCAUUGUUCAGACGAAUUUCACUAGUGAAGGCUCUGCACAGGUCUCGGGCUCACCGCAGUCGUCCUUCGGAUUGGGAGCUUCACCUGGCAACACGUCGAUGGACGGUGAACCCGUGUCUGCUCUUUGGCCACGUCAGCCAAACCAGUUCGCAUUCACUCAAGAGGAAGACAACAACGUGCGAGCGGAAGACGAAGUGUACAGCGAAAUGGUGAGCUCUGUCUGUGAGGACGAAACGUUCCUGGACGAUGUGGAUGAAGAAGGUGAAGGGCAUAAUCUGGACGACGAGACCGAGGAAAAACUAUUUAGGAUGGACGACGAUGACGAUGGAAACGUCGACGGUGACAUUCAAGAGGCAGAAAUGAGUAACGGGGCGACUCACUUCAAUGCUGAUGAUACAGUGCCGGACCCGUUUGUGGUGGGCUCUCCGGUUCAGGGCCAGGUGACUACUUUCCAACACGAUCUUGAUGGCAAGUCGAAGCAGAAGGCUGACACAGUCCACACGGUGGAUAUUAAAGAAGACGAAAAUGACGUGUGCGGUGCAGAGAGCGAAGGAUCCGAUGACGACGAUGAGUCUAAAGAAUAUGAAGUGUUUCAGCUGCGUAUUAUACGCGAAAAAAAUCGAACCGGAUUCGAGCCAAACCAGGACUGGCGACCUCGUGGCGGAGCUUUGAUUGGCGGUAGAUACAAGGUGGAGAUGGCUAUUGGAGAAGCAGUGUUUAGUCGGACCUACAAGUGUGUGGAUACAACUACUGAACACUCUGUAUGCCUCAAGAUCAUCAAGAACAACAAGGAGUACUUCGACCAGGGUGUUGACGAGGUUCGUGUACUGGAAUAUAUUGAUCGCAACUGCAAGGUGGACGAAAGGCAUCUCGUGCGCCUUCUGGAUGCGUUUUACUUCCGCGAACACCUGAUCAUCGUGACUGAGCUACUUCGAGAUAAUCUGUACGAGUUCUCUCGUUUGCUGCUACAACGUGGUGUGAUCAACUACUUCAGCAUCCCUCGCCUGAAAAAGAUUACCAUUGAAGUGCUCGAGGCGUUGGAUACUUUACACUCACUAGGACUCGUUCACUGCGACCUCAAACCAGAGAAUAUCCUGAUCCAAAACUUUAGUGCAUGCACCAUUAAGGUGAUCGACUUUGGGUCGGCGUGCUUCACUACAGACGAGCUCACGUCUUACGUACAGUCGCGUUCUUAUCGGGCGCCUGAGGUAAUUCUCGGUCUCUUGUACGACACUAAGAUCGAUCUAUGGUCCCUCGGGUGCGUCCUUGCCGAGAUGUUCACAGGCGAGGUUCUCUUCCGUAAUGACUCGGAACAGACGCUACUGGCACGAAUCUUGGCAACUAUCGGCCCCAUUCCUGCGUCUCUGCUCGCCGGCCGCGAGAUUCUACAGCGCCAUCUCAUCGACACGGGAUUGUUCACUGUGGAUCACUCGGGCAACGGCGUGUUGGCUGCGAGUCAGCACGUGCCUUCGCUAGAGCAAGCCGUGCCGACAAAGGAUAACGAGUUUCUGGACUUCCUUCGCGCUCUGCUGCAGAUCGAUCCAGCGCAUCGACUGUCGGCACGCGAGGCAUUGACGCAUCCCUGGCUUCAACAUGGUGUCUUCGCUGAGAACCGCAUGUGAUUGGCUGAUGUCUGCCACAUGAGCUACCGAUUAUCCGGUGUUUAUCCGGACGUUUCAAAAAGGCGUCACACAGAUCGAUAAACCGCGGGACGGGAUGGCUUCUUUCGGUGACAACGGCGUCUCGGCGGUAGGUGGCGCUCUGUAUGUUGCGUCGUGUGUUUGGAUAGUGCCGACCUGUGUGUCGAGCCUUAGAAUUAAUAGAUAAAAGCGGCUUGGGACGAGUCUCUGGGCCUCCCGCUGCUCUGUUUUAUUAGCCACUGAAU